AUGAGUUCAUUUGGGUCACGGCGAAAGGCCCGGGUGAUAAAAGUUGAUGACAAUGACGUGGAGGGUGCAGAGAAUAAUAGCUCUGAGAUUGGUGGCGCGAGCAACACAGAAUCGUCGCAGCCGUCUUUCAAAAUAAAGUCUGCAAAAAAAGGCAUUAGGCAGUCUGGCCUUCGAAAAACAUAUGCAGCUGAUGGUGAGAAUGACGACGCAUCUCCCGGCAAUGCGGAGGACGACGAUGGCCCUGUAGUUGUCAAAGCAAAGUUUGGUGCCCAAAAACAAAAGAAGAAGCCGAAAUCGCGCUUGUCUUUUGGCUUGGGAUCCAAUGAAGAGGAAAACGACACCACGACUCUGGAAAGCUCAAUGAAGAAAUCAACGCUGAGCCAACGGGUGGUUGAAAGCAAUGCGGUGAAACGAGGCAUAGCUAUGAGAGGAUUGCCGACGCGCAAUUUUGACGAUGAUGACGACAGGCCGCGAUAUAGCAGGGAAUACCUCGAUGAACUGCAGUCCUCGACGCCGACCACUCCAAGAGACUCGGGAUCAUUGCCAACAGACGGUGAUGAAAUGGAGCUGGAUGCGUCCGAGCUCGAAGGGGCCAUGGUAGUAGACUCCCCGGCGCCUACACCUCCCGCAAGCAAAAUUCAGGUCCUCACCGAUGCUGAAAUUCAAGAACGAAAAGAGCGCCGAGCAAGACUAGCCCAGGAGCAAGAUUUCUUGUCUGUCGAGGACGACGACGAUGACGGGCGAACCAAGAAGAAGGAGGAUACGAGGCUAGCGACGGACGAAGACCAGAUGGGCGAGGGCUUUGAUGACUUUGUCGAGGAUGGCGGCGUCUCUCUCGGCAAGCGCGCCGAGAAGCAACGUCGCAAGCAGGAUCGCGACAAGAUGGCAGAGCUCAUCAACGCGGCCGAGGGCCACUCUUCCGACUCGUCGUCCGACAGCGAGGCGGAGCGUCGCAUAGCCUACGAAACGGCGCAGACGCGCUCGGGAAUGGACGGGCUCAAGCGCCCGCGCAGAGACCCGGCCAAGGAGCUGCUGAAGAUUCCGCCCAAGAUCACGCCCCUGCCCAGCCUGGCCGAGUGCAUCGCCCGUCUCCAGACGACGCUCGGCGGCAUGGAGGCGCAGAUCCAGCUGAAGAGCGCGGCCGUCGAGCAGAUGCGCAGCGAGAAGCAGGGAAUUGCCGCGCGCGAAAGGGAGGUGCAGGCCCUGCUGAAUGAGACGGGCAAGAAAUACCAGGAGGCCAUGGGGAAGACGGCCGACAGGUCCAGGGAUGGUCUGUCCACGACGAUGGCCAUGGGUGAUGGAACCUUGGCUGGCGAUCGUGGUCCGGAAAGUUUAGGAUCUACUCCGGGUCGGUUUGCUUUGGAUGCGGGAGGCGACGAGCUGUAG